CCUGAACGCCAUGGCCAUCAAGAAACGAGCAACAGGUCUCGCCACCGUUGUGGCAGUUUGCCUUCUCGCCUGGGGUAUCUGCCACAAUGCCUUUGUUCCGGGACCUCAAGGAAUGGCCUUGCGGGAGGACAGCGGCCUGCCUCGCCGUGGCGCCGCGGGGCUGGUGGAGCCCCUGAGCCAAACCACGGAGGAGCAGGCGUCGGCGGCGCGCAACAUCAGCGAGUCGGAUUUCUGGCGGCUGGUGAAGCAGGAUCGAGUGACAGAGGUAAUCAUCGCCUCCUGGAGCGGAAAACAACUCCUCGCGAAAGCCGAAGGGGGCGAGCUGCUGGCAGUGCAGGAGGAGAGCGAGGUGGAAGAUCUGCGGGAUCAGAUGAUGCUCAGGGGCAUCCCGGUGCACUACCCUGCCAGUGAGGAGUUGUCCGACGAAGAAGCGUUGGCCAAAGCCGAGAUUGGCUCUGAAGGUGCUGUGGCAGGAGGCUUGCUCUCUGCCCUGGCUGUUGGCAUUGCAGACAGCCUCUUGGAGUUGGGCGGCGCGGUGGCGGUGCCCGCACUGGAAGUGGAAGGCCAGUCCUUCUUCGAGAAGAAACCACCCAAUGAAGUGUUCUCAGAGGACGUUCAGCUUUUAGAAAAAGCUGUGGCGGGCUUGGAACGAAGUGUGGAGAAAGAUUUUCAGGCUGCCGAACGGCUGGCAUCACAGGAGGUGGGACGAACCGGGACCGGAUGCGGUGGGAACCGGGGAUCUCCUAAAUGA